GAAGAUGUACAAGAAAAUCCAUCAUAUAUAGAUCCAGUUUUACAGCAAUUGAUUGGUCUAAAAAUGGGUGGUGAUGCUAUAGUUUUGUAUCCGUAUCCAGGACUAGGCCACCUAAUUUCCAUGGUAGAGCUUGGCAAACUCUUACUCACUCACCACCCUUCUUUCUCCAUCACAAUCCUCGCCUCAACCGCGCCAACCACCAUUGCAGCCACCGCCAAACUGGUCGCCAGCUCCAAUGAUCAGUUGACAAACUACAUCAAAGCCGUCUCUGCCGACAACCCUGCCAUCAACUUCCACCAUCUCCCAACCAUUUCUUCUCUUCCAGAACACAUCGAGAAGCUCAACCUCCCUUUCGAAUAUGCACGUCUCCAAAUCCCCAACAUCCUCCAAGUCCUCCAAACCCUUAAGUCAAGCCUCAAAGCCCUUAUCCUCGACAUGUUUUGCGACGCAUUGUUCGACGUCGCGAAAGACCUCAACAUCCCUACAUUCUACUUCUACACCUCCGCAGGAAGGAGUCUUGCUGUCUUACUCAACAUCCCCACCUUCCAUCGCACAACCAACAGUCUGUCUGAUUUUGGCGACGUCCAGAUUUCCAUUUCGGGCAUGCCGCCGAUUCCUGUUUCGGCAAUGCCCAAGCUGUUGUUUGACCGCUCUACUAAUUUCUACAAGAGCUUCCUUUCGACUUCAACUCACAUGGCAAAGUCCAAUGGAAUCAUUCUCAACACGUUUGAUCUGCUGGAAGAGAGAGCCCUCAAAGCGUUGAGGGCUGGACUGUGCUUGCCGAACCAACCUACACCUCCGAUCUUCACCGUCGGACCGUUGAUCUCAGGGAAGAGUGGAGAUAAUGAUGAGCAUGAGAGCUUGAAGUGGCUAAACAACCAGCCCAAAGACAGCGUUGUGUUUCUAUGUUUCGGAAGCAUGGGAGUGUUUUCUAUCAAACAGUUGGAGGCCAUGGCUUUAGGUUUAGAGAAAAGUGGCCAGAGGUUUUUGUGGGUGGUACGUAAUCCACCUAUAGAAGAGUUACCGGUAGAGGAGCCAAGUUUGGAGGAAAUAUUGCCAAAGGGUUUUGUGGAAAGAACAAAGGAUAGGGGACUUGUGGUGAGGAAGUGGGCGCCUCAGGUGGAGGUACUCAGUCAUGACUCGGUGGGCGGGUUCGUGACUCACUGUGGGUGGAACUCGGUUUUGGAAGCAGUGUGUAAUGGGGUGCCGAUGGUUGCGUGGCCUUUGUACGCCGAGCAAAAGCUGGGCAGGGUGUUUCUUGUGGAGGAGAUGAAGGUGGCUGUGGGGGUGAAAGAGUCCGAAACCGGGUUUGUGAGUGCGGACGAGUUGGAGAAGCGAGUGAGGGAGUUGAUGGACUCCAAGAGUGGGGAUGAAAUAAGAGGGAGGGUUUUGGAGUUUAGAACUGGUGGCGUGAAGGCCAAGGAAGAAGGCGGGUCUUCUGUUGCUUCCUUGGCCAAGUUGGCUCAGCUGUGGAAGCAAAAAUGAAAUUCGUUGUGAUCAACUCAAUCGAAUGAUCGAGCAUGUAAUAAAGUACCUAUCCACAAGUACUUUGACCAUUACUAUUAAGGUUCCCUAUGUUAUAUGGUAUAAGAAUAUUAGGGCUUCUUAUGCAGUAAGUGAAAUCGUGUUUUGUCAUGGAUGGCAUGUUUGUGUCACAUAAAUAAAUGUUUUAAUAUUGGUGUUGGGAUAUUUUCAAAA